AUGGUUUUUCUCGCUGACUGGGGAGACAAACAACACCUAUUCGUCUAUGGUGUUUUUGGUAUUCAACAUCGAGUUCCCUUGACCGACAGCAAGAGAAUCAUUAUCGAUGAGCUCCACAAGCUUUUGAGUUCAUCAGCAGGACAGGUCGAUAUGCUUGUGGACGAGAGUCAUGAUCUCGAAGCUGAGGACAAGCCGCAUGCCACGACUUUUGUUGCUUACUGGCUCGAUGCCACAACAUACAAUUCGUGGGCUGCUUCAAGCUCUGUUCAGCAGUUCUGGGACAAUUUAUCCGACGAUGCAGGAGUCUGGCGCGAAGUCAUGACGGUUCCUACUUCGCGAUACAUGUUCGCUGCCAAUCAAGAUUUUCGCUGGGGUCUUACCACCCUCAUCGAAAAACUACGAGCAAGUAAUGACGAGGGCUACUGGGGCGUCUACCGUCAUAGGAUCGGGUCCAAAGACGACACAUUCACGUCGCCGUACGUGACAGCCUUGAAGGCGAAGAAUGCUUUGAACACUCGCGUGCUCGACAUUCCAGCAAAGGGCCCACGAAACUCAAAUGAAAUUCGACUUGGUCGUGUGCGAGUAGACGGCGUUCCUAACAACAUCUGCUUUGUCCGAGAAGGACAACGCCAGCCGAAUGUUGCCCAAGAGGAGCUGGGCCUCUGGCUUGAGAAAGUUGCGCCACACGCAAGAUCUUGGGUUGAGCACCUUGAUUUGCAUCGGGAGAAGAACGGUGUGCUUUCUUUCUCGACACACGUCAGUCAGCAAUCGAAGCUGAACAAUUCGGAUGCUGCUGAGACUGAUCAGCUGGCAUAUUUCCUUGACCUUGCUCACUUUGAAGCAUCUGGCCGUUCGUUGAAAAGCCACGUGCAGCUGAGGAAAACCGUCAUGGAAAUGUAUGGUCCGGGUGGUCCUAUGGAGAAUAUUGGCAAGGCGGAGCUGUAUGUGGAGCUACUGAUUCUGAAGUCGAAAGAGUUUCAAGCCGAGUACAUCGGAUGCUUAGAGGGGACUGGAAUGAUGUUUUUGCAAACCGUUGAACAGCACUGA